AUGACACGAGUGGAUGAAGGAGGCUGUGGUGGUGGACAGGUGAGCAUGGCAAACCCCGUGGGUGUUUGUUUGCGUGAAUUUUCGGAGAAGUGUGCGCGCGUGUGCGAAGCCUGUCUAGCUCAGUUGGUAGAGCGCAAGACUCUUAAUCUUGUGGUCGGACAAGAUGAUCGAUCCGCCAUGACACGAGUGGAUGGAGGAGGCUGUGGUGGUGGACAGGUGAGCAUGGCAAACCCCGUGGGUGUUUGUUUGCGUGAUUUUUCGGAGAAGUGUGCACGCGUGUGCGAAGCCCGUCUAGCUCAGUCGGUAGAGCGCAAGACUCUUAAUCUUGUGGUCGUUGGUUCGAGCCCCACGGUGGGUGACUACCAAUGA